CUUCCCUCCCCGGCAGUAUAAAUACCACAGCUCUUGUAUUCACCCAUCACCAAUCGCCUUAUCUAUAACAACCAUCACACACGACUUAGACACCAUGGCACCAAACCCGCAAUGCGCUGCGCUCGCCGCUGCCCAAGCAAGGACAGGAAUUUCCUACGCACAGAUAGCUGCUAGCAUCGGGUCCACUGAGCAGCAGGUCAUUGCCAUCUGCACAGGGACCCAAAGGCCCACGGAAGCCGAGUUCAAAGCCAUCACAAGGGCCUUGGGGAUCUCAGACAACGUCUCCCACAGCGGUGUUCAUGCUACCGUUUAGAGCCGUCAGGUUGUGCCCUCCACCUCUCGUGGAAUCAAUGAUCAGCAUGUUGUAUAAUCAGUGUAGGCGUUAUACUGUAGUAUGCGUCGAACUUUGGGGAGCAUACUUAUGUCUUUGACUUCUUGAACGUGCAGUUCACGACAGGGGCGCAUCUUAUCAGAUAAUAAAAUAUGCUUCCAUCAGAA